AUGUCGUCAAUACAUUAUAAAUUUAAAGCGACACUGGAAUAUAAAACACUAGUAUUUGAUGGCUUGCAUAUAUCAGUUAUGGAUCUGAAGAAGGAAAUAUGCGAAAAAGAAAAUAUUAAGGCAGAAUCAUUUGACUUGAUAUUAACAAAUGCUCAUACCAAACGUCAGUACACAGGGGAUGAAUUGAUUCCUCGAAAUUCAUCAGUAAUAGUACAGCGUACUCCUCGAGACAACGCUGUAAAAUUGCCAAAAGUACAAGACACUACAAAUUCUGGAAUUGUAGUCUCACACGUGCCAGUUGAAACUCCAGUAGUUGGUCAUAUUGACUCAGAAGAAUUCGAUAAAAUGACAGAAGAAGAACGCAUGGCUCAUGUAAAAGAAGUAUCUGCAUACAAAUUUUUGCCUUCGAACUUUCAAAAGAAAACGUCAUCUAUAAUGUCUGGUCCUCCACCUCCAACAUACGUUUGCAAUCGAUGUUCACAGUCAGGACAUUGGUACAAAAACUGUCCAAUGGUAACGUUAAAUACACGUCGCACAACCGGAAUAACUAUGAAUGAAUUGAUGGAAACAACAUCAGAUGAUCCGUUAGCAAUGUUGCAUCCAUCGGGUAAAUAUGUUGUACCAAUAAUGCACUGGAAGGCGCGCCAAAAGAAACCUGAAGUUGCCAAGCCCGAACCUGAAAUACGGGAGGUACCACCAGAGCUAAAAUGUCCGAUAUGUUCACAGCUUUUACGUGAAGCUGUUCUAACGACUUGUUGCGGUGAUAGCUUUUGCGCAGAUUGUUUUCAACAUCGUUUGCUUGAAACUCCUAAUGCUAAAUGUCCAGGAACAAACUGUUUCCAAACAGCUGUUUCUGCAGACAAAUUAGUCCCCAACUUGAAGAUGCGUCAAGCUGUGGAAGCUUUCAAAAACAGUGCAGUUCAUAGUGCAUCUUCAGAAAACAUAACGUGUACUGAGGAUCAGCCGACCCAUACAGUUUCGCGUGUACGUAUAGGACUAAGUGGUCGUCCACAACAAGUACAAUCUUCUCUUGCCAUUCACCAGCCACAACAGCAACAAGAAGUUACACAGGUCCAAUCGUCAGCACCAACUUACAUUGUCGCAUCCAGUACGAGUUCUAUUGUUUCUACUGUUGCACAACCUCAGAUCGCUGCCAAACAGUUCCCGACGAGCGUAUCGACUAUGCCACCAGUAAUACCAAAGCUUACGACAACUACUGUUGAAACACCUAAUGUUCAGCAGUUAAACAUCACUCCACUUUCUCUUCAUUUGCCCGUAAAUGUUCAUCAGCCGCCUCCAGGUUAUCCAGCUAUACUUGCUCCAGCGCAGCCACUUAAUGCUAUUGCAAGUUCAUCAACAGAAUCACUUAUGCCAGGAACACAUAGAAAUAUGAAUGUGAUUCAUAUGUCUGCACCACCACCAUUACUUCCACCAGGAGUACAGCCACCGCCACCUGGGUUGUCUUCAAUGCUCUAUCCACGUGUUGCUGCUCAUCCUAUUAAAGACGCUUGGGAUGAAUAUUUAGAACGGAAAGAUAAGGAAAGUAGGCAGCGAGCUGUUGCUCCUCGUCGACGUCGGCGUUCUACCCGUAGUACGUCCUACUCAAGUGAAAGUUCGACUUCGGAAUCUUCCAGUGAAUCAUCAUCUAGAUCGCGAUCGAGAUCUUUCUCUAGAGAUCGCUCACACCGUGACAAAAGGCGUAGUAGUGUUCGUGAUAAACAUUCUUCUAGAAGAAGAGAUUCACGAUCGCCAUUUCGCAAUUCGUAUGCUAGUAUUCGUUAUCAUAGAGAUACAGCAGCGCAGCCUUUUAAUUUUUAUCAGCAUCCACCUUCUGGAGCAAGUGCUCUCGGGUUGCCAGGAUCUUCACUCAUUCAUCACCGUAUUCCAUCGCUUCUUAAUAAUUUCACUCCGCAGUACACUUCGAUUCAAACAAAUCAGACAGCUGCUUAUACUAGUUUUAGUGCAACUGGAUCGGUUCCAAAUUAUCGUUCAUCAAGAACAUACCAGGAAGAAAGGGGUAGAAGGCGUACUCCAAGGACGACCGCGCAGAAUCGUCGCAAAACAGACUCUAAGGAGGAAGACGGUGAGCGGAAAGAGCGUAUUGAGGAACGAAAGCGAGCAAAAGAUAAUGAUGAAAAAGUGCAUCGAGAGGAUCGAGAACGGAAAACAAAAUGUGACAGUGAUAGAGAAGAGCGACGACAGAAGAGAGAGAAAUAUAGGCGACGACAGGAAAAAGAAUGUAAAUCGGAAGGUGUUGAGUCCGAAAAUGUUGCAAAGAAAGAGGAGAAAUACGUGAAUGAAGAAGCUGGGUUGAUAGAAAAAACAGCAACUACAGGUGCUGAACAUUUGGAAAGUGGAAACUUUGAUGAGGUGGUCGGGGGAGAUAAUAUGGAAAAGGAAAACGAGACUGUGGAUGAAGCUCUGCCUGAUCAAAUGAUGGUGGAAAGUGCCACGUCAGGUGGUUUCCAUACCAAACAGGAUGAUGGUUCCGAGGCAGAAGCCGAAAAUGAAAAUGAGAAUGAAAAUGGUGGAGUAGAAGAAAAGACGGAGCUGUUGAUUGAAAAUAAUGGAAACGUGGUUGUGGAAGGCGAGGAAAUCACGGAAAGCAAGGAGGAGAGGAACGAAAGAAGAAAGCACAAAAAAAAGAGGAGAAAACAUCGGCGACAUGGUGAUAACGAUGAGCAGGAUGGCGAUAGUGCUGGUGGUAGUCAUAGGAAGCAUAAAAGACACAAGCGAAGUAAGGAAGAGAAAGAAGAACGCAAACGUGAAAAGGAGAGGAGACGUGAAGAGCGUCGUAGACGACGACAGGAGAGAGAAGCUGCGCGAAUGAACCUCAUGGAAGCUAAGCUCGACAUAGAGCAUAAUGAAAUAGCUCAUGAAAUACGUAAUGAAAUUGAAGACGACGGUGACAUCCCACCUAGUGAUGCUAAUGAAGCAAAGAAAGAUAAGGUAAUUGUGAAGCCUGCUAUUGUCGAAGUGUUGGAGCAGAAGUCUGUAGACAAAACACCUAGGGAUAAGAAAUCGAAAGAGGCUACAGAAAGUGGAAACAAAAAUGAGAAUAAAAACGAUGCAAAAAGCGCUGAUAUCCAUGUAUCUGCCGCUAAGACCGAUGAACGAAAGGAUGGAGAACGACAUAGACAUGGAAAGAGUAGGAAACGCAAGCAUGAUUCGCAUCGUCGAAGAGAUGAUUCAUAUAAGGAAGAUUGCCGAGGUUCAAAAACGAGGAAAGAUGAAAGAGACUCUAGAAAAAGUGAUGAACAUCAGGAUUCGAGGAAAGAAAAUAUUAAAUCAAGGAAGAGCGACAAGACAAGUGAAAAGCGAGACAGAAAAGGGAAGUCCAGAGGUGUUGAAAAAGAGUCUAAACGUAGUGAACCUACGGAAAAAAAUAAGACCGACUGUAGUAAAGAAAUGCGACGUAAGGAGCGUGGUGAAAAACGCGCGAAUGACGUUGAUCGUGUUGGUGGUGAUAACAAAAGGUCCCGUACACACAGUAAUGAUAGUCGGGAUGAACAGCGUGAUUCUCCUAUUAAAAUAGAUCACAAACCCGCAGCCGACACAUCUGUUGUGUUUAAGAAAGAUUCUGAAGUUGAGCAAGUUUCUUCAGCGAUUCAAAAUGAAACAGAUUCAUUAUUAUUAGCGCGCAAAACCUCUAGUGUGAAUGUACGACUUUCAUCAAAAAUUGUGGAGUCUGAUGAGCAAACUGUGGUUCACAAAAAGCUCGACCAAAAACGAUUUGAUGAAGUAAAAGUUUCACUUCAGAAAGAGUCAGAACGAAAAGCUGACCUUUCAUCUGUCCCUAUUGCUGCUAUGCCAAAUUUAACUGUUGAAGUGAAGUCAGGGAAUGAAAAACGAGUAACGCGAGAAACUAUUUUCGAAGGGGCAACGCCAAAUUUUAAUGCACGGCAAAAAAUUAAGAUGGUUUUGCUUUCGGAUAGUGAACGUAAGGCCGCUGAUCGGUUGUCGAAGAAGAAGUUUGGACUAAAGUAA